CCCGGCACUUCCGCCCAACUAUAGUUCUGCGCAGGCUCCUGGAAAUAUUUGCUGUCUCUAUGGCAACCGGGGUAGCUGGUGUCUGAAGAUGACGACCUUUGAGUCUACGGAGGGAUCGGGAUCGGGAUCGAGGUCGCGAUCUUUACCCGUACUGCCCAGCUACGAAGGGGAUGUCACUCCUAGGUCGGCCCUGGUAGCCGCAAGGGCAGCAGCGUCAGCAGCUGCUGCAGCCACUGCAGCCGUCUCCACUGCUAAAGCAGCUGUAUUAUCUGCAAAGACCCCAGGGCCCUAUUCUGACCGAAGCCUUCUCUCGGACCCCUCCUCUGAUAGUGUUGCUGGGAAGCCCUGCACUGGACCCAGUUUUACCCACAAGAUAGGCCAUGGGAGACUUGGCUUUAAGACUGAUGUUUCCUAUAUUGCUCGGCAUCCCUGUUCUACAAAUUACCUUAACACUAGCCCUGGCCCCGUUCCUGGCUCUAGCCCUGGCCCCGUUCCUGGCUCUAGCCCUAGCGCCGUUCCUGUCUCUAGCCCUGGCCCCGUUCCUGGCUCCAGAUCUGGCCCCGUUUCUAGCUCCAGAUCUGGCCCCGUUUCUAGCUCCAGAUCUGGCCCCGUUCCUGGCUCCAGAUCUGGCCAUGGCCCUGGCCGUGGCUAUGGUUCUAGUAAAGGCACUGGUCUGGAUUCUCGCCUUGGUUGUGCCUCUGGGCUUGCUCCAGGCAAUGACCCUGAGCUCAGCCCCAACACUCUUACAAGCUUCAGACAUCCUGGGGCAAACCUGGUCCCUAAUUAUGCCUCCGGGAAUCACUACCAAUAUUGUGAGCCUCAGAAACAACCCUGGACAUUUUUGCCAGUUUCAGAACCUAUUGCCCAAAGGGGGCUGUGGAAGACCCCUGAGGUUGAAGUGAAGUGUGAGGUUCUCGGUAAAACAUUGCCACGGGGCCACUGCCUUCUCUACAAUUGGGAGGAAGAGAGAGCCACCAACCAUCUGGAUCAAGUCCCAAGCGUGCAGGAUGGCUCCGAGAGUUUCUAUUUCCGACAUGGACACCAGGGACUGCUAACCCUGCAGCUCCAAUCACCCAUGCCCCUCAGCACCACCCAGAAGGACACAUACCAGACCCCACGAAACCGCUGUCAGCCAAUUCGAGGAAAACGGGAAGCCAUGCUGGAGAUACUGCUGUGCCACCAGAUCUGUAAAGAGAUGCAGGCAGAGCAAGAACUGACAAGGAAGCAAUUUGAGGUUGAAUCUGUGACACACCAUGACUACAAAAAGGAGCUGGUGCAGGCAGGGGCUCCUGCCCCAACAAAGUCUCAUGACUACUGCAAGGAGCAACCUGAGACCUUCUGGAUACAGAGGGCACCACAGCUACCGGGUGUCAGUAACAUCAAGACACUAGACACGCCAUUCCGGAAGAACUGCAGCUUCUCAACACCAGUGCCUCUGUCCCUGGAACAGCCUUUUCCUGAUGGACCUGAGAAUUAUUCCUACCAAUUGGGACAAAUCUCUUCUCUUGGCUGUCAGGGAAGAGGGCAGGGUGGUGAGGGGGGUAGAACUGUCUAAGGGUUGAGGAGGGAAGUGAGAUGUGGAAUAUGGAAUCUAUUUCUGUCUGUACUGGAAAGGUGAGAGUAAGUGAAUUCUGUUUAUACUUGGUGAAGGGGCUUUACAUAAAGGAUUCUUUCUCAUCCUGAGUCA